AUGGGUGCUGCUUCCCCAAUAAACAAGAAUGGUGCAUCCAUAAGUCAUAAGGUCAUCGGAACUCCAAUAAGUACAAGAUUUGCUGAAUAUAGACAGAUUUUUUCACUGAGGAAAGGCUAUUUCUAUUUGGGAACUCCCAGAAAAAAGGGCUUAUACGCAAUAGGCAAAUAUGAGCAACAACGGAAAUCAAAGUAG